AUGGCAUCCUACCCUUUCGUCACAGCUUUAAGCACUCCAAGACGAGAAACGUCGAUCCUUCCUUCAUCUUUCUCGACGCCAUCUGACGCUUAUUGUAAAGUUUUCCUCGAUUCACUUGCCUUAAAGAGGAGUGAAAGUAAGGCAGCUAAUAUGAAUCUGAGGGUGCGAGCGAUGGGAGGAGCACCAAAGUUCAAGGGGACGCAGAUGAGGGAGAAGCAGCUUACGGAGAUGAUAGAGAAGAAGGUAAUGGAAGCGAAGGAGGUGUGCGAGGGAGACCAGACCUCCGACGAGUGCAAGGUGGCAUGGGAUGAGGUGGAAGAGGUGAGCCAAGCCAAGGCCGAUUUCAGGCUUAAGUUGGAGAAACAGGAUCCUCUCGAGUAUUUCUGUCAGGACAAUCCAGAGACCGAUGAGUGUCGAGUCUACGAAGACUAGCCACCCAACUAUGAGCCACCGCCGUCCCCCUGAUCCUGAUGAUCGAAAUGUAGUAUUAGUGUUGCUUGGGCUUUUUUACUUUUACACCCCUCGUUGUAAAUUGAACUCUGUCGUGGUAUUUGCUAUUAUUGUUAUUUACUAUUGAAGAAACUUGAUUAUCGUA